AUGGCUCCCAUUUCAAAAAUUGAUUCGACUCAAAAUGCGAUCGAAAUUUUUACUAUGGCUUUGCUUUCUUUUUUCGGCACAAGCUUUGGAGUUGCCGGGAUUCAUGUUGUGCAAAAGAAUUCGUAUUUGAAAGGCUUGGUAAAACAUUAUCUCUUGUUGGAUUUGAUUGCUCUCACAAUGGCCAGCUUUGGUCAUUUGAUUUGGGGUCUACCAUGUUGUUUGUGGAACCUCAACGAACUAUUGCCAUUUGUCAAUCGACUAGUUGGCAAUAUUGUUUAUGCGUCAAUGACAAUGGGAUACAACGCAAGGCUCUUCCUUGGCAUUAAUCGACUACUUGCCAUUGCCUUUGAAGGAAAAUACUUCAAAAUGUUUGAAAGCACAAGACUUUUACAGUACGCGAUUAUGAUCUCCUAUCCACUCGUCGUUCUCGCCCUUCUUUUUCUCCCUAGUUGCGGUGUCACCUUUACGCCAAAUGGAAUCAACCAUUUUGGUUUUCAAGCUGAAUGUGGCGUUCGAUGGCUGAUUCUCAUUUUGGUCUCAUCAUUCAAAGCUACUAACUGGGGUUUCGCCAGCUACUUUUUCAUGCCACUGAUUGUCAUUUUUGAUUCAUUUGUCUUCUUUCUGAUGCGACGUCGAUAUCGAAAUUUCCAAAAGGAACAAAAACAUCAAGCGAAUCAAACAAAAGCUCGAGAUCUUCGAAGAGAGUACAAGUUGGCACUUCAGAUGGGAACAAACGCGGUGGCUAUGUUGUGUGCAAUUUCCUCCAAAUUUGCCAAAGUACUCCUUGUCGACGCAUUUAGUUAUUGGUUUGCCUCGACGGCUUUCUUGUUGCUUACUUGUUUGCUUUCAAACAUUUCAUACGCUCUUUUACUUCGCGAUUCAACCUCAAAGAAAACCGAGAAAAAGACCAUUUCAAUUGGAGCAAAUUCU